AUGUGCUUCCGCAGCCAGGAGUCUUCGGCCACAGACACCGAGGCAGAGCUGAGCGAGAGCGACACUAGCAGCGAGGAGAUAUCGAAACCGACUUUCAGAGUUUGGCACUCUGCUGUGACGGGCCUUCUCUUCACGACCUACAACUUCCUGGGGUAUAGCGGUGCGCGUGGACAUCUCGUGUCAGGCCCUCUCAUCCUUCUGCUACAGCAGACGGUCAUACCACUGACCAUGCUCUUCUCAGUAUGUUUCCUUGGCCGUCGCUACUUCGGCACCCACUUUCUCAGCUGCGCCUUCAUUGUUGCUGGUAUCCUGGCUUCCUUUGUUGGCAAGGAGUGGACCGCAAAGUCCAUCGGUGCUGUGUGCCUGCUCUUGGCGCAAGCGUUUCCAGGGGCUCUGUCCACCGUGUUCAUGGAAUACAAUUUGCAAAGAUCGCACGUCUCUUUCUGGAAGCUCUGGACGUUGAUCAACAUCUGGGAAGUCGUAGCUUUGCCACCUGUUUGGGUGGCAUCCGUGCCCCUGCAGGGACUCACCUUUGCGCAGUCACCCAAGAAUCUUCUGGACGGCUUCCAGUGUCUCUUUGUCGGCCAGGGUAGCGUCGAGGGCGCGGAUGAUGAAGAGUGUGCGACCCUGGGAUACUUGUACCCCAUCUUCGUGGUUGCGCUCAUCGCUGUGAAGACUUUGCAGGCAGUUGUCAUUGCAAAGUUUUCUUCCGGCCUACUCUGGGUAGUUGCAGCUGCAGCCGUUCCCUUGGCCUCGCAGGCUUUCACGGUGGUUUGGAUUAUGGGCCCUUCAAACGUACAGCCACCACUGUCUGCCUGGAUUUGGCUUGGCACUGCGCUCGUGGUCGCUGGCAUGGUCUUAUUCCGUGUGAAGGAGGCAGUGAAGUGA